AAAUGGGUCUUCCAAAUGGACAAGCUGAGAGACCCCGGUGUGGUUGCAUUUCUCGCCCAGCAGAAUGCCAAGAUGGUCGCCCUGCUCCCUCCCACAGGCACCGAAGUGUUUCGCCGCUUCACCCUUGAGUCGCUGGCGGAGAUCGAGAGGCGGAUGGCCGAAGAAGCAGAGGAGCAGGAGAGAAAAAAGGCCCUGAACAUUGAGGUGGCAGAGGAGGACCUGCCAAAGCCAGCCGUCGACCUGGAGGCCGGCAAGGCCCUGCCAUUCAUCUACGGAGACCCGCCACCUGAACUGUUCAACACGCCCCUGGAGGAACUGGAUCCUUUCUACAAAUCACACAAAACCUUUAUUGUCAUCACCAAAGGGAAUACAAUAUUCAGGUUCAAUGCUGAGCCUGCCUGCUAUAUUCUAACACCCUUCAGUAUUCUCAGGAGAGGAUCCAUCAAAAUUCUCAUACAUUCAUUAUUUAGCAUGUUCAUCAUGUUAACAAUCAUGUCCAACUGUGUGUUCAUGACGAUGAGUGACCCUCCGGCAUGGAGUAAAACUGUUGAAUAUGUUUUCACUGGUAUCUAUACCUUUGAGGCAACAGUUAAAGUGUUGUCCAGAGGCUUCUGUGUUGGAGAUUUCACAUUCCUUCGAGAUCCAUGGAACUGGCUGGAUUUUAUGGUGAUCAGCAUGGCGUACCUCACAGAGUUCGUUGACCUGGGCAACGUGUCUGCCCUCAGGACGUUCCGUGUGCUCCGAGCCCUUAAAACGAUCACUGUAAUUCCCGGUCUGAAAACCAUUGUGGGCGCUUUGAUCCAGUCGGUGAAGAAGCUGGCUGAUGUGAUGAUCCUGACAGUGUUCUGCCUGGCUGUGUUCGCUCUGGUCGGCCUUCAACUGUUCAUGGGAAACCUGAAGCAGAAGUGUGUUUACUGGCCCCCUGUGGAAUGGCGUUUGAACUCUACCGACAUGGACAACAUCACUGUGGCCUUCAACGACACCGAUGGUUUUAAUGACGUCAUGGGCUACAGUGGCACAAACAGCAGCAACAGCACGUGGGACUUCAAGGCGUACAUCGACGAUAAAGUGAACCAUUACUUCCUUCCUGGAAUGUUAGACCCUCUUCUUUGUGGAAACGCUUCUGAUGCUGGAAAUUGCCCUGAAGGAUACACGUGUAUGAAGGCCGGAGGGAAUCCCAACUAUGGAUACACAAGCUACGACAGUUUUGGAUGGGCCUACCUUGCCCUAUUUCGGCUUAUGACACAGGACUUCUGGGAAAAUCUAUUCCAGCUGACUCUUCGCUCAGCAGGGAAAACAUACAUGAUUUUCUUUGUGGUGGUGAUCUUCCUGGGCUCGUUCUACCUGAUCAACCUGAUCCUGGCUGUGGUGGCCAUGGCGUAUGCGGAGCAGAACGAGGCCACCAUGGCCGAGGCCAAGGAGAAGGAGGAGGAGUACGCCAUGAUCAUGGUGCAGCUGAAGGAACGGAGAGAAGCGGAGGUCAAAGAGAGACAUGACAGGCAUCAUGAACACCAUGAACACGCUGAAGUUGCUGGCAGUCAGACGUCACUGUCCAGUAGAACGUCUAAGAAAAAGAAAGGUGAAAAGGCAGAUCAAGAGGUCGCUGAUGAUGAGGCGUGUACGUCCUCCAGCCUUUAUAGCGAGGCUAUAAAGGACUCCAACGGAGGCCUCGUGAUCAGUCCCAACGCCAACAAGGUCCUGGCAGACCAGGAGUCUGCUGUUGUGUUGAAGAGGGCCCGUGAUCCCAAGGGGAGCGAGGACCAGCUGGAAGUAGCAGGCCUGCAGAGGAAGACACCCAGUUCAUCCAGUGUUUACAGCCAAGAUGCCAUGGACGAUUUGGAGGAGGAACUGAGACCUUGUCCGCCUUGCUGGUACAAGUGUUCAGACAUAUUCCUGAAAUGGAACUGCUGUGUGCCCUGGGUGACUUUCAAGAAGUGGAUGUACUUCAUAGUGAUGGACCCAUUCGUGGACUUGGGUAUCACCAUCUGCAUUGUGCUCAACACCAUGUUCAUGGCCAUGGAGCACUACCCCAUGACACCAGAGUUUGAAGAAGUGCUGAGUGUGGGGAACUUGGUCUUCACAGGAAUCUUCACAGCAGAGAUGGUGCUGAAGCUCUUCGCCAUGGAUCCGUACUACUACUUCCAGGUCGGGUGGAACAUCUUCGACAGCAUCAUUGUGACAAUGAGCCUGGUGGAGCUGGGGCUGGCCAACGUCGAGGGUCUGUCCGUGCUCCGUUCCUUCCGUCUGAUGCGUGUUUUCAAGCUGGCCAAAUCCUGGCCCACACUCAACAUGCUAAUCAAGAUCAUCGGUAAUUCAGUGGGCGCACUGGGUAACCUCACCCUGGUCCUGGCCAUCAUCGUCUUCAUCUUCGCCGUGGUGGGCAUGCAGCUCUUCGGCAAGAGCUACAAAGAGUGUGUCUGCAAGAUCUCCUUGGACUGCGAGCUGCCCCGCUGGCACAUGCAUGACUUCUUCCACGCUUUUCUCAUCAUCUUCCGGGUGCUGUGCGGAGAGUGGAUCGAGACCAUGUGGGAGUGCAUGGAGGUGGCCGGACAGGGCAUGUGUCUCGUCGUCUUCAUGAUGGUCAUGGUCAUCGGUAACCUAGUGGUGUUGAACCUCUUCUUGGCCUUGCUGCUGAGCUCGUUCAGCGGUGACAACCUGGCGGCUCCAGAGGAGGACGGGGAGAUGAACAACCUGCAGAUCGCCACCAGCAGGAUCACCAGGGGCAUCGACUGGGCCAAGGCCUACAUCAUCGAGCAGGUCUGGAUCAUCAUCGGGAAGCAGCCUAAGGAGGAUGGAGACGGGGCUGACGGUAAUGGGGGUAGUAACGGGGAUGUGGACGGCCUCCCAAAGGACAGCUUGGCUUUGAAAAAUGUAAACUCCAGUGACAACCCAAAGGCUGAUUUAGAGCUUAAAAUGCUGGACGUUUGGAUAGACGACGUUAACCCAAGUGGAUUUCUUACAAAUGACAAUUUGACCCUGGAUGUGCCUAUUGCCAAAAUGGAGUCGGAUGAUGAUGAGGAUGACUGCUCUGAAGAGGAAGAAGGUGAAGGCGCAAAUGGAAACGCUAAAGAGGAUACUGAGUUAAAGAAACCUAUUGCACCGGACAAUGCCUCUUCAAUAUGCAGCACAGUGGACAAUCCCCCUGAAGUGGAGGAAGAGGAGGAAGAAGAGGCAGACCCCACCAGCCCUGAGAACUGCUGGACCGAGAAAUGCAUUGGGCGAUGCCCUUGCCUUGAUUUUGACAUCACCACGGGCAAAGGGAAGACUUGGUGGAACUUCAGGAAGGCAUGCUUCCUCAUUGUGGAGCACAACUACUUCGAGACCUUCAUCAUCUUCAUGAUCCUGAUGAGUAGUGGAGCUUUGGCUUUUGAAGACAUAUACAUUGAACAGCGCAGGACCAUAAAAAUUAUCCUGGAAUAUGCCGAUCAAGUCUUCACCUACGUGUUCAUUAUUGAGAUGCUCCUGAAGUGGGUGGCUUACGGAUUCCAGGCCUACUUCACAAACGCAUGGUGCUGGCUGGACUUCCUCAUUGUGGAUGUGUCUUUGAUUAGCUUAACGGCUAACAUCCUGGGCUAUGCUGAACUUGGACCAAUCAAAUCUCUUCGAACUUUAAGGGCUUUGCGGCCCCUCCGCGCCCUGUCCAGAUUUGAGGGAAUGAGGGUGGUGGUGAACGCUCUGGUGGGGGCCAUUCCUUCCAUCUUCAACGUGCUUCUAGUGUGCCUCAUCUUCUGGCUCAUCUUCAGCAUCAUGGGAGUCAACCUGUUUGCUGGGAAGUACUACUACUGCUUCAACACCACGUCUGAGGAGAGGUUCUCUGCUGACGUUGUGAACAACAAGACCGAAUGCUUCCAACUAAUGGAGGGUAAUGACGAUGUGCGCUGGAUGAACGCAAAGGUCAACUAUGACAACGUGGCCAUGGGCUACCUCUCCCUCCUGCAAAUAGCAACGUUUAAAGGAUGGAUGGAUAUAAUGUAUGGCGCUGUGGAUUCACGUUUUGUGGAAGACCAGCCCAUAUAUGAGGAUAAUGUUUACAUGUACAUCUACUUUGUCAUAUUCAUCAUCUUUGGGUCCUUCUUCACCCUGAAUCUCUUCAUCGGUGUCAUUAUCGACAACUUCAACCAACAGAAAAAGAAGUUUGGAGGGAAAGACAUUUUCAUGACAGAGGAACAGAAGAAAUACUACAAUGCCAUGAAAAAGCUUGGUUCCAAGAAGCCACAGAAACCCAUUCCCAGACCCCAGAACAAAUUCGCAGGCCUUAUUUUCGACCUGAUCACCCAACAAUUCUUCGACAUCUUCAUCAUGGUGCUGAUCUGCCUCAACAUGGUAACGAUGAUGGUGGAGACGGACGGCCAGAGCAAGGAGAAGGAGGAUAUACUCUUCCUCAUCAACCUGGUGUUUAUCAUCGUCUUCACCACAGAGUGUAUCCUCAAGUUGAUCGGACUGCGGCAAUAUUUUUUUUCCGUCGGAUGGAAUAUUUUUGAUUUUGUCGUAGUCAUUCUCUCCAUCGUUGGUUUACUGCUGGCGGACCUCAUAGAGAAGUAUUUUGUCUCACCUACCCUUUUCCGUGUCAUAAGACUGGCCAGGAUUGGUCGAGUUCUGAGACUCAUCCGAGGAGCUAAAGGCAUCCGGACACUGUUGUUUGCCCUGAUGAUGUCACUUCCUGCUCUCUUCAACAUUGGCCUCCUGCUCUUCCUCAUCAUGUUUAUCUUCUCCAUUUUCGGAAUGUCCAACUUUGCGUAUGUCAAGAAGGAGGCCGGAAUAGACGAUAUGUUCAAUUUUGAAACUUUUGGCAACAGUAUAAUUUGUCUGUUCAUGAUCACAACCUCAGCCGGUUGGGAUGGUCUCCUCUCACCCAUUCUGAAUAGUAGACCUCCGGACUGUGACCCGGACGUGGAAAAUCCCGGCACAGAUGUAAGAGGCAACUGCGGCAGCCCUGGUUUGGGAAUUUGUUUUUUCUGCAGCUACAUCAUCAUGUGUUUCCUUGUUGUGGUCAACAUGUACAUUGCCAUUAUUCUCGAGAACUUCAAUGUGGCCACAGAGGAGAGUGGCGACCCGCUGUGUGAGGAAGACUUCGAGAUGUUCUACGAGACCUGGGAGAAGUUCGACCCUGACGCGUCACAAUUCAUCGCCUAUGACAUUUUGUCGGAGUUCUGUGACACGCUUAAAGACCCGCUCAGGAUCCCCAAACCCAACGCAAUCAAGCUGAUCACCAUGGACCUUCCCAUUGUCCCUGGGGAUAAGAUCCACUGUCUGGACAUCCUGCUGGCGCUGACCACAGAGGUGCUGGGAGAGUCAGUGGAGAUGGAUGCCAUGAAAGAAAGCAUGGAGGAGAAGUUCAUGGCCAACAACCCCUCUAAAGUGUCAUACGAGCCAAUCACCACCACCCUGAGGCGAAAGCAGGAGGAGGUAGCAGCUGUUGUUAUUCAGAGAGCCUAUCGUAAGCAUCUGCUGAGACGUUCGAUGAAACUCGCUUCCUACAAGUACCGCGAGAAGAAAGCGUUAACCAAGGAGGACGAAGCGCCGCCAGAGACGGAGGGAAUGAUUGCCAUCAGGAUGAACAAACUGUAUGGAAGCCAACAAUCCCUCGGAGUGGAUGACACCGUUGUAGAUAUGGAUUCUCAUGAAAAACGGGAGAGCAACGAACUGACAGAGACACAACCUCCUGUGGAGACCGCUGAAGAGCCGCCGCCUGUGGAGCUUCAGAACGAGAUCCUCUUGCACUCUGCCCCCUUUGUCAUCCCUGUCUCAAUCCGUAACUCACAGCUGAAAGAGUCCGAUGUUUGAAUAACUAGUGCAGCCAAUGGAUAAACACCGCAUCAUCAUGGUCUUCUGUCUUUGACGAUGAGACUGCUUGUUCGUCUCCAAAGUCCAACUUUGGUACGUUUGGCUUGGG